AUGGAUUUCUCAGACUCCUUCCGGAUUGUCAACCUUGUGGUUGCUGUUGUUAUGAUCCUUGGAGGAAUCUCGCAGUUCUUCUCCGACACGAACGGAUUCCAGGGAAUAAUCAUUGGCUCAUAUGUCAUUGUUUUUGGCCUUGCCACUGCGCUCCUCGAGUUCCAGAUCCCGCCGCAGGUCUCGCGCUACGCGUCCUUCCUCUUCUCCUUCGUCGGUCGCGGUGCCUUUUACAUCUUUAUCGGUUCCAUCCUGCUCAACGACGGUGCCCUGCGCAUCAUCGCUGGCUCCAUCAUCGGCCUCAUCGGUGUCGCCUACGCCGUCCUCGAGUUCAUCCCCUCCAUCGAGCCUCCCGCCAAUAUGCGCGAGGCCGACCAGGGCUGGGGCGCCGAGCAGGUCUAA